ACCUUUCACUAUAAAACCUUCGGACACCUUUUGCAGUACCAUCAGUUGUUUCACACUCAUCAAUCCAGUCAGUUCGUAGUCCUUCGAAAAGGUCUCGCUAAGAAUCAGUUCCAAAAUGGUGCGAUUGUGCAGUGCUCUCCUGUUGGUGCUGAGCUUGGCAGUAGCUCAUGCAGUUGGCCGCCACGGAUUGAUAGGCGCAGUUGGCAAGCAUAAGGGAGCGGGAUCCCUUGCGACCUUGGGAUUAGGAUACGGUUUAGGAUACGGAUUGAACCAACUUGAAGGACACCAUGCACCGCUGGGACUGUAUGGACCUCACCCGCCGGCUGGAUUGUACUACGCUCCUACGUACGGUUUUGGCCACCGUCCCCACCACCACCACGGUCAUUACGGAUAUCCACACAAGUAUGGAGGUUACCCGAAACACGGAUUCCACGUCGGAUACGAAAUCGGUUACCAGGGCAAGCUUGGAUUCGUCAAUCUGAAGCGCGACAACCUGCGGCAGGUUCAGCUUUCCUUCGGUCUGGGCAAACCCCAGCACCAUCCUAAAGCUUAAGUCAAUCAAGUCACCAUAGUUAAGCAACACGACGACAAUCGCAGAACCCUACUCAGCCAACAACGACGCUUGGACAAUGUCUUCCCACAUUUCGGGGUUCGCAAAAAAGCGAAAACAAAGACCUGUGAACGCCACGCCAUCAAGUUCAAGGUCGAACAACUUAAAGUGGCUUCAUAAAGAACCAGCAGCCGCGACGAAACUAAACUGACAAAUUACACGGCUUUUGCAAACUCCCAUCCAGCGAAACAGAACCAACUUUUGGUUCUUUUGCCCAAAAAGUCGUGAAAUGAAUCAAAAGCCAACCAAAAAACGAGAGAGAAUAAACUAUCGACUAUCAACCUAACACACGAAAACUGCAGCCAAAAGAACACCUCAAACCCCCCAAAAAACCAAAGAAAAGUUGGAGUGAGUAGGACUGCGCCGCCGGGUGGAAACCAAAGAACGAGAGGUGGGCUGCAGCGACGAACAGCGACGACGCAACAGCAGCAGCAGUAGCAGCGUCGCAAACAAACAGACAGACAUAUGUUUGGGCAUGCAUCGAUGGGCGCGGAAGCUCCAUCACCUGACGAAAUGAUUGUGUAGUAAGGUUAUUGCAGGAACUGAUUUAUCUAGGCUAAUUAUAGACCGCGUUGUUUUAGUUACAUUA